CUAGUAUAUAUCUCUCUGACUCUCUCGAUAUAUAUAUAAUGUCUUCAUUAUGCCACCCCAGCAACAUUGCAGCUUUGCCCUUCCACAACCAUGAAAGGUAAUUAUAACAAGAACCCUGCCACAAUGAGUGGGCGUAUUUCAGCAUAUGCUGAGACGAAUGAGUCAGAUACAAAGAAUGGAACAUCACACCCCCAAUCUGAUGAACUGCCUUAUGUUCACAAGGUCGGGAAGCCUCCAAAGCAAGAUUUGUUAAAAGAGAUUAAAACCGCCCUCAAAGAAACGUUUCUUUCAGACGACCCCUUGAAACCAUUCAAGGACCAGCCCAAGAAGAGAAAGCUUGUUCUUGGCUUACAGACCCUAUUCCCAAUAUUGAGUUGGGGACAAGAAUAUAGUCUUUCCAAGUUUAAAGGCGAUCUCAUUGCUGGAUGUACCAUUGCAAGUCUUUGUAUUCCACAGGAUAUUGGAUAUGCGAAACUAGCAAACCUGGAUCCACAAUAUGGGUUAUACUCUAGCUUCAUUCCACCUCUUAUUUAUGCGUUCAUGGGUAGCUCAAGAGAUAUUGCCAUUGGACCGGUGGCAGUGGUCUCUCUUUUGCUUGGAACUAUGCUCCAAGAUGAGUUGGAUCCUGUUAAACAAAAACAUGAAUAUCAACGUCUUGCUUUCACUGCAACAUUCUUUGCUGGAGUCACUCAAGCUUCACUUGGGUUUUUCAGAUUGGGUUUUCUGAUUGACUUUCUGUCGCAUGCUGCUAUUGUUGGGUUCAUGGGGGGAGCUGCUGUGACUAUUGCACUUCAGCAACUCAAAGGGAUGUUUGGCAUCAAGAAAUUCACAAAAAAGACCGAUAUCGUUUCUGUCAUGCGUUCUGUAUUUAAUUCAGCACAUCAUGGGUGGAACUAUCAAACCUUACUGAUAGGAAUUUCUUUCUUGAUAUUCCUUUUGGUUGCUAAAUACAUUGGCAAAAGGAACAAGAAGUUGUUUUGGGUGCCAGCUAUAGCUCCAUUGAUCUCAGUUAUCGUUGCGACAUUCUGUGUUUUCAUCACUCACGCAGAGCGAGAUGGUGUCCAAAUAGUUCGCCAUAUUGAAAAAGGACUCAAUCCAUCGUCAGCGAAUAAAAUCUUUUUCAGCGGGCCCUUCCUUGCAAAAGGUUUCAAGAUUGGAGUUGUUGCAGGGUUAAUUGCACUGACGGAAGCUGUAGCAAUCGGAAGAACCUUUGCUGGAAUGAAGGAUUAUCAGCUGGAUGGAAAUAAAGAAAUGGUAGCACUAGGCUCCAUGAACAUCGUUGGUUCUUUAACUAGUUGCUAUGUGGCCACAGGGUCAUUUUCUAGAUCUGCAGUAAAUUACAUGGCAGGUUGUAAUACUGCAGUGUCCAAUAUUGUAAUGUCUAUAAUUGUGAUGCUGACUCUUCUUGUCAUCACUCCAUUGUUCAAGUACACCCCGAAUGCUAUAUUAGCCUCGAUCAUUAUAUCGGCAGUCCUAGGUCUCAUUGACUUUGAUGCGGUAGUCCUACUAUGGAAGAUUGAUAAAUUCGACUUUGUAGCUUGUAUGGGAGCCUUUUUUGGUGUGAUUUUUGUUUCAGUUGAGAUAGGCCUUCUUAUCGCGGUUGCUAUAUCUUUUGCCAAAAUUCUUCUACAAGUAACAAGACCCCGGACCGCAGUACUAGGGAAGAUCCCAAUGACAAGUGUUUACAGGAAUGUAGAGCAAUAUCCAGCUGCAACUAGAGUACCUGGUGUUCUAAUAAUCAGAGUUGAUUCGGCUAUCUAUUUCUCCAAUUCAAACUAUAUCAAAGAUAGGAUCUUAAGGUGGCUAACCAAUGAGGAAGAAAUGUUUAAAGAUCAACCAAGAGUCGAAUAUCUGAUAGUUGAUAUGUCACCCGUUACUGAUAUUGAUACCAGUGGAAUUCAUGCCUUGGAAGAACUACAUAGUAGUCUCCAAAAGAGAGAUGUUCAGCUUAUUUUAACGAAUCCAGGACAAACCGUGCUAGACAAGCUGCAUGCAUCCAAUUUUGCAGAUCAUAUCGGGGAAGACAAGAUCUUCUUGACAGUUGCUGAUGCUGUUCUAACAUUUGCUCCAAAGAUGCAACAAGCAUAAAAACAUGGCUUCUUUUUCCCUUUUUUUUUUUUUAUCUUCUGCUUUAUACAUACACAGUUCGAUGAAUUGUUUUGGUGAGACUGAAGAAGGUUUACAAUUUGUGAAACGGGGCAAGAGACGUAAAGAAACAGCUUGGAAAGGGAACAGAAGCUGUCGAGAUCCAUUUGAAGUUGCAAGAAUUAUAGUUGAUCAGCCUCUUUUGACGUACCAUAUAUUAUGUCUAAAUUAUUUCUGGAUGUGUAAAUGUGUAUUUGUGUGUGUGAUGUUUUAAUUUGUCAACUAAUGUGUAAAGGGAUCGUAGUUGUGUUAUAGGUUAAAAGGGCAAGAAAACUUCACUGUAUUCUUAACUGUAAUAUAUCUAUAAAAGACUACAUAUAUUCUUUGGA